CUCAAGUCAAAUAUUUUUCCUGGAACUCCAGCACACUUCAAACAGGCCUGACAGCGAGGAAUUUGCUUCCCAUGGAGAUGGAGAUUCAUCAGCAGCUCACUGGCCCGGACCAUGCGGAAGCCCACCGCAAGAACAUUUUGUAUGCGUAUAUUGCCCUCUUCUUCGCUGUGUGCGUGACUGGCGUCACGACGGGCUCUCUCUUUGACGCCUUGUUGUUGAACAUCGGUGGGAAGGAUGGGAACAAGUUGGUGGGUGCAGUGGAGUCCUCUCGGGGCCUUGUCCAGCUGGGCGUGGCAUUUCCCAUGGGCUUCCUCGCGGACAAAGUGCGGCGAGUGAAGCUGCUGAAGGUUGUGGUGCCUGUGUGGACCUGCGGUCUGGCGGUGGUUUUGCUUGGGCUGGCCAUGGAAUACGUGCCGCUGAUGUUUGUCGGCAUCGGGCUCUAUGCCGCCUGCUCCCAGACCUGGAUCAAUGCAGCGCAGGUCUUGGUCUCGGAGUCCGCCUCCCCCGGGGAGCAGCGCACCACGGCGCUGUCCCGCUUGGCCAGCACGCGUUUGGCGGCCUUGGCCACGGGUCCUGCCUUGCAGGCUUGCGUCCUUCUCCUCUCUGGCGAGAACCACUGGGGCAAUGCGCUGCUCCAAAAGGUGACCAUUUGCGGUGCUUUGCUUUGGCCGGGGCUUUUCGUGACCUUCAGGAUGAAAGACGUGCCCGCCUUGGAGAAGACCUCCUCCGGCGCGUCGCAAAGCGGCUUCGACCAAGACAAGAUGGCGGAGAAGCUGUGCAAGGUUCAACGCCGCUGGUGGAUGGCUGGCAUCUUUGAGCUGCUCUCCUUGUGCACGCUUAUGGGGGCCGGGAUGACCAUCAAGUUCUUCCCCCUCUUCUUUCGGGUGGACUAUCACUUCACCCCCCUCGAGUUGUGCAUUCUGAAUUUUGCCUACCCCUUGUGCAUUUCCGUGAUGAUGGAGCUGUGCCAACGCUUGUCCAAGCGCAUGGGGCGCUUGUCAGCGAUCGCCUUCUUCCACUUUUUCGGCACUCUUUUUCUUUGGGCGCUGAGCUACUCACAUCCCCUUUUGCUGGUUCUGCCGCUGUUUCUGCUGCGGGGCGCGCUCAUGAACGCCCGCGGCCCCAUAGUCCGGGCGGUGGUGAUGGACCUAGUGCCUUCGGACGCGAGGGGCAGGUGGAACUCCAUCCAGUCCAUGCAGGCCUUCUCCUGGUCAGGCAGCGCUGCUUUGGGCGGCUAUUUGGCGGACUUGGCGGGCGACUACCGCUUCACCUUCGUGGUGACGGCUGGCAUCUACUCGUUCACCUUCUUGGGCUAUAUCCCCAUUGCCUUGCUGUGGCCAAAGCGGCAGAAGUCCGAAACCGCGCGGUCACCAUCAGUUCAGAACGCGCCCGGCACGUCAAGGCCAAGUGAGGUUGUUACUCCCACACCGUGAGGCCGUGAGGCCAGGUGUGCUCCCGAUAAAGUUGCAAGCGCAUGGCAAAGGUGAAACA